AUGAGCGCCGGAAACGGCAAAGACGACCAGAUCGAAACGCAUUUUCUCAAAGAGACCAAAGUGUUGUUGAACAAUGAAGCGUAUCGAUUUCGCGACGACGUCAAAGGCGUGUUCGGCAAAGUCGAGGCGAAGGCGUUCGUCUCGAAACGAUUGGCCGAAUUUCGAUUCGAGCAGACGAUCGGCGAUCGGAAUCGAAUCAAGAAUGAGGCGUCGAUGAUCGUUCGAUUACUUCGAUACGGCUCGACGCGCGCGGUUCGCAUUUACAAUCGAGGCGAGAUCAAUGGCAUCAAGUAUAUUGUGACAACGGCGAUGGGCAAAAAUUUGGCCGAUGUGCUCAAGGAGCACAAAAAACUCGAGCCGUAUGCUUAUUUACAUAUUCUUGUUCAGACAUUUCUCUCAAUUCGCGAUAUUCAUGAUACACAUUGCGCCCAUUUCGACAUUCAGCCGAGCAGUUUCUCGUUCAAACGAGGCGAUCCUCGAUGGAUUCAAGCUUCUUCGUUCCAUUGCGCGUUCUAUCUUCGCAAUUAUGAGGCUUUAGAGAAAGAACGCCUUCAAAAAGGCGAACGUUGGGGCGUUUCGGAUGAUUUCGAAUCUUGGAUAUUCAUGGCAUACGAGAUUGUUCAUUCGGAAAAGUUGAAAUGGGCGAAAGAGCGAAAUCCACUUCAAAUGCUUUACUCGAAAUGGCUUUUUUUGGUCACUUAUAGGCACAGUGUGAAAGCGGUUGAAAAGCGGAUGGCGAGACUCAUUGAGCUCGUGUUCUCGUGCUCGCAAACCAAUUUCAAAGGAAUCGAUGAGUUGUUGCAUUUUGAAUUAAUGGUGAUGCAUAUUUGA